AUGGUUGUCGCGACGCUGAUUCACUCGGAUUACAUUUUUGUGACUCCGGGCUAUCUUCCAGAUCCACCAGCACCAAAUGCAAAAGCGGGACAACCAGUAGGGAUCCAUUGCCCGAUCUGCCAUGCUGGACUGAAGUAUUGGACUCCCAAGGCUGACGCAUGGUUCAUCGGGUGUCCCAAUUCUCAAAAGCAUAACACGCGCACGUGGCGCUGCGAUCAAUUCAACCACGAAAGAAUGCUCAUCAACCUUGGGGUUCCGAGGCCAAUCAUAUCGACUUACAAAGACUGGGGCCCUCGUGUAUCACCAGCUGGUCACAUUCUCGAUCCAGUUCCUCCAAGCCCAUCGCCCACACAAAAUUUCAUGCCGUUUUCGGGGCACUUACUCGGACCGCCUCACCUCGACCACCCAUUUCAAGGCCGGGCGUUACAAGGGCACGCACUAUCAAACCCAUUCCCCAAUUCUCCCACUCCCAACUCAUCUGCAUCUGCUAGUCUUCAUGUAAUCACCAGACAUUCUACUGUCUCACAAUCCGGCUCUAACCUGAGCGGGCCAGCUGUUCCAGUAAUCACCCACGAUCCUACUACCUCGCUAUCCGGCCCACACGUUAGUGGACCAGCUAUUCCUUGCAAGAGGCUUGGGGAAGGCCCUGUUCCAAAAGGACAUCGCAAGAGUGCUAACAAGAAGUGCCGAUUCGAAUACUGUCAGGCGUGUUGCAACACAUACGGACUAGGAGUGUGCCGAGCUCAUCCUCGCACCAAUUCCAAGAUUGAAGCCUUUUCGCAACCAUACGCCCGACCCACACACUCUUUGACUGCCAAUACCACCCCCAAUAGCACAUCUUCCGGCCUAUUCAAUGCAAGGCCGCCUCGCGUCACUCAAUGGGCACAAAGUGCUAACUCUCUCGGUCGCCGACUUCAUGUGGACAGUGUGGUCACUCUCCAUAAGAACCGACUCGAGCAAUACCAACCGGAAAUCCAGAAGAAAUACGAUGAGAGCAAAAUGGUCACUUUAUAUCUGUGGUUAAAUGAAAGCAAACCAACUGUAAUCACAGCAUACUUCAAAGACUGGCCACAGGCCCGGCUUGAAGAAUGUGAUCUGUUGAUACAGGCAGUCCUUGGCGAGGUUGGCGAACUUUGGAAUCGUGCAAUCAGCAUGUGGGAUGAAGCAAUUGAUGCUUGGCGCGAAAUCCCUGUGGAUUACCCCCAUCGAUAUGCUAGCGCCCACCGGACCAUUGUCGUUCGGCUGGGCAAGGUGAAUCCUCUGACUCCUGGUCUACCACAGAGUUCUACCUUGACACCACGUGCACACCCACUCCAGUGCGAAGGUGAUCUUUCUUUGGUGCAAUCCGGUCCUUCCAAAGCACCGGUGUUUCCGCCUUCGACCCCCGAACAAGCUCACCCCAGCUCUCCGCGCAGCCAGGCUAUACGCAUAUGUGGGCCACAUAUCGAUGCUCUCCCGAGCGCACCUAGUCCCUUCACCCCCGAAUCACCAGCUGUACCGAUACCACGAAGUGUAGUGGACCUUAGUGAACUACCUGACUCACCUAGUGUCAGCGAAACCCCUUCACCCUCGCCAUUAGGGGUCAAAUGUGAACCCCAGGACGACCAGGACCUUCCCAAUGCCAACGUGUCCAACCCCGUGGAGAAAUCAAGCUCGGUGAAUAACUCCCCUUUGGACAGUGUAGUACCACAGCCAACCGUUAUCACUGUACCAUCCAAUGUACUUUCAGAUCAUAGCCAGCUCAAACCAAGAUGGCCAUCCAAAACCGUGCUUAUUUCCAGUCUCCUUGCCUGGCACCGUGAAGGGCAAACCGGUGAUAUGGUGCUGAGCUGGAAGAAACAUUAUGGACAUGAAUGGAAGGAGGUAUUACCUACGAUGUACCGGUAUCGCGGUUGGAUCAACAGAGUCGGCUAUGUGCGUUUUGCAGCUGAAUACAAAGACCAGCCCAACGCCGUUGUAGGCCAGGCGCGUAUUCGUUUCAAGCAAGAGUUCAACCAUGUUGCCUGCGUCAACGGUGAACUUUGA